AUCACCUCAGGACGAAGAAUCAAAGCAUUUCUUGUUCUUACUGCUUAUCAAGGAGCCUUCGAAAGAUUAGGGCAUUUCCUUGCAUGCAGACCAUUAGCGGUUCUUCUGGUUUCGUUCAUUGUUUUGAUUGGAAGCUGCCUCGGAUUCAUUCGCCUGAAUGUUGAGCAGCCCACCAUUGAGCUUUUUACAUUCGCCAACAGCAAAUCUAGACAAGACUCGCAUGAUUCCGCACAAUUCUUUCCGAUUCUUGAGGCACGACAAGAACAAGUAAUUAUGAUACCCAAGAAUGGGGACAGCAUUCUAAGUGAAGAAUGUUUAAAAGACGCCAUUAUGGUUCACAGAGCCAUAGUAAAUAUCAGCGGUUACGUCAAUAUAUGUUUCAGGCAGCAAUCGCCAAUUGCCCAACAAAGAAGCACAGAGAAAAGCUGCAAGAUCAGCAAUCCUCUUGAGUUAGCUGGAACGCAUUUUCAAAAAUUAGAAAAUCUUUCCUCGAUCCUGGCUCGCGAGUUGGUAAAGCCUACUAGUGUUCUUUCCUCUGGAAAAACAUUUAAUUCCUCCUAUCAGCAAAUGCUGGCCAAUUUCCACAUAGAACGGAACAAAGAUCAAUUGACUGCCCGUGCCGACGCUCUUCGAACUAUUUACUUCGUAAGAAAGACAACCAGCACAGAAGACUACCAAGACAUAGAAAAGUUUGAAGCCUCCUUUAGCAAUCUCCUUGAUUCAAUGGGUCCUCGCAUGAAAUGUGCAAAACUCUCCUACCAGACUGAGAGAACAGCGACUGAUGCCUUGCAAGAUAUACUGAAACCAGAGCUAUGGCCUCUUUGUUUUUCAGUCGUAGCGAUUGCUGUCCUUGUCUUCACUGUCAUACCCUUUACUUCUACCAAUGCCGGUUGUUUAAGGACAGUCCUCUUGAUGUUCUCUUCUCUUGCUUUUCCUUUAACCUGCUCUGCAGGUGUUGUCUCCAUAACAAACUCUGCCUUUUCCUCAACGUGCCUCUUUAUACCCUUCUUACUAUUGGGGAAAGCAACUACAGACGUGGUACUUUACCUCAUGGAAUGGGAAAGGCAAAAAAAGGUGCCAUCACUUGAACAUCGCGUGGGAAAUUGCCUGGCUAGAACAGGGGUUCUUGCUAUGAUUACUGCGCUUUGUGGGUCAGCUCUUUAUGGAGUGGGAAUCAAAUCCUCUUUUAAUGCCAUUUCCAAUUUUUCCUUUGCAACAUUUGUUGCUUAUGUAACAUUUUCUGCUUCUAUUGUGAUCACAAUCAUUGUGUUGAUGUAUUUUGAAACAAAGCUUAAGAAAGUGAACACGCCCUGUGCGACUACAUGUGAAAGAAGAUUGUCCAUCUCUGAAUUUGGAAGCGCUGAGCUUAGACUCUCACAGUGCCAUAAGACAAGACUGCAACGCAUUCUGAAAGAAUGGGCUCGAAAAAUAACAUCCACCGGCGGCAAAAUUUUCUCCCUCGGAAUCUUUGCCCUUCUCAUCACUUUAGUUGUUUUCUCCGCUUUUCAAACUGGAGACAGAACGCGUGCCACACAGUUGCGCUAUCGGAGUGAAAACUUCAAGCAGUUUAAUAAGGCACGACAAAUGUUCCUAAGCAACGAAACUGAUGUGAGCAUCGUUUUCUCCAAGGAAGUCGACUAUUCACUAAAAAGUGUACAAAAUCAAGUAAUGUCAGUGUGUAAAAAACUGGAAGAGGCCGCUUACAGUAAAGGAAAGUCCCUUUGUUGGAUGGCAGGCUUUCUACAGUGGGUCAAACAUCAAAACAUGAGCUGUUCACAUUCAGAGUUUCACCGUUGCUUGGAACUUUUCCUGAAAAAUUCCCAGAGUUUGCUGUUUAGACAAGACCUGCUUUUAGAAGAUUCUACAUCUCUUGUUAAAAUAUCGGCGUCUCGAGUUCAUCUGAGGAUGACACUGAACAACCGAUUGCGAGAAGAUAGAGAAGCCCUUAGGACACUGAGAAGUGAUUUACAUGAACAGUCCUCCUUGAAAGGCGUCCCAAUCUCCAAAGAGUUUUUCAAGAUAGAUGACCUCGUCGAGUUAGAAAAAGAAACCAUCUCCAUAGUUCUCACAGCUGGCACAGUGGUGGUGUUUGCUGUUUCUUUGUUUGCAAUGUGUCAUGUCGGGGCUAGUACACUCCUAGCUAUAACGUUCGACCUUCUAAUACUGGAAGCAGCAGCUAUUAUGAAAACAUUUGGAAUCUACCUGGAUCAUGUGGUUUUCAUUUCUCUUUUUGUGGCGAUCAUGCUGUCCUUGAAUUUUAGUAUUGAAGUGUGCCAUUCGUUCGUACUCUCGGCCAAGCGAGACAUACAAGGUCGCAUGAUUGAUGCUCUUCGCUCCGUUGGAGUAUCCGUGCUGGGAGGCACUUUGAUAUCCCUAUCAGCUUCUGUUUGCUUGGGAUUUAUUUUUCCCAGUCUAGCAGAUAUUUUCCAUCUGCUACUUUCCUCGGUGUUCGCUUUGGGGUCCAUCCAUGCUCUUCUUGUUUUCCCGACGGUCCUUGCAUUGUUUGAGGAAUUAGUGCACAAUUUUAGCUCCAAGAUUAGCCAAGAGGAAAUAGAACACUUCGUGGUAGCAAAUGACUCAAUAUCAAUGGAAGCACGGAAUGGCGACAUAAGAAAGCUCAAAGCUAAACGUUCCGGGAUCUCCAUUAUAGGCAUUAGUUGUAGAUUCCCCGGUGCUCACAGUAAGAACCUCUUUUGGGCCUUGCUUGAACAAGGAAAGAGCUCCAUUCGUGCGUUUCCCGAGAACAGAACACAGCAGCAUAAAGCGUUUGUUGAGUUCUACAACCCCAAGCGUUUCGUAAAUGGACGCUUUUGUGCCAUCAAUGGUUCCUACUUGGAAGAAAUUAAGACUUUCGACAACAGGUUCUUCGGUAUCUCCAAUCAAGAGGCACGUGCAAUGGACCCUCAGCAAAGAAUACUCCUUCAAGUAGCCUACGAGGCAAUAGAAGAUGCAGGAAUGCGGCUUGAAGACUUACAAAAGUGUAGAACAGGUGUUUUUGUUGGCGUGAUGAAUAUCGAAUACGGUUCUCUUUUGGCAGACCGCUCAAAUUACUCCUACAUCGAUCAGUAUACCUCAACAGGGAUAACAGCAUCUAUUCUUGCCAACAGAGUGUCAUUUUGCCUUAAUCUGACCGGACCAAGUAUUGCCGUGGAUACAGCAUGUUCCUCAUCGCUGACUGCUCUUAAACUAGCUUAUGAUAGCCUGCAUAACGAUGAUUGUGAUAUAGCUAUCGUUUGCGCACCCAAUGUCGUCCUUAACCAUUCCAUGCAGAUAAUAUCCAGUAUGGCUGGACUUCUUGCCCCGGAUGGCCGUUGCAAGAGUUUUGAUGCUUCUGGAGACGGUUAUGGACGCGGAGAGGGCUUUGCAGCGGUUGUACUCAAACUGUCAAAGGAUGCUCUUUGUGACAAAGACGAUGUAUAUUGCGAGAUCCUUGCAUGUGGAAUGAACAGCGACGGUCAAAAUGCUGUCCCGAUCACCGCUCCAAGUGCCAAGAUGCAAGCUCAGUUAUCAAGAAGCGUGCUAGAGCAGUCAGGAGUGGCCGCAGGAGACGUGGAUUACUUCGAAGCACAUGGGACUGGUACCGCGAUUGGUGAUGUAGUGGAAGUCAACUCCAUAGCAGAUACCUACUCCAACCUGGCCGCAAAUUCUUCACGAAAAUUGAGAAUUGGCUCUGUCAAAUCUAAUCUCAAUCAUACGGAAUCUACUUCUGGUCUUGCUGGACUUAUUAAGGUCGCCCUGAUGAUAAAAAACAAGACCUUUGUACCCACCAUCAACGUCAAGGUGUUGAAUCCCAAACUAAAGCUUGAAGAAAAAGGGAUUAUUCUACAACAAACUCGUGAGUCUUGGAAAACAGAAAAGGGAAAACCGCGAAUAGCAGCCGUUAAUUCGUUCGGUUUUGGUGGGUCAAAUGUGCAUGUUAUUCUUCGCGAAGCUACAGCAACACCAAGCUUCCAAGUGGAAAACUUCAAACGCAAGAAUAACGUUCUUACUAUCACAGCACGUUCUCUAGAAGCUCUUAAAAAGCUGUCACGCCUUUACUCCAGGUGGAUUAAAGACAACGCUGAAGAAAUGAAUGAACACUUUGUGGAAAACUUAUGUUUCUCGUUGAACGAACGUCGAAGCCAGUAUCCGCAUCGCCUGGCAGUUGCCUUUGGGCCUCCUUCCGAAGCAUCGAAGUCACUAGAAGCUUUUGCUGAUGACACCGUUGGUUGGGAAAAGACCGCUUCUUAUGCUGAGGUGACCUCAAGCGAUAGGAAACUGGUUUUCAUGUUUGGGGGUCAGGGAUCACAAUGGUAUGCCAUGGGAAGGCAAUUAAUGGAAUGCGAAACUGCUUUCAGAGAGGCAAUUUUGACUGUUAGCAGCUUACUGAGAGAUAUGGGACAGACGUGGUCACUUGAAGACGAAUUGAUGGCACCAGAAGACAUUUCGCGAAUAUCGGAAAACUACAUUGCCCAGCCAGCCACGUUCGCUGUACAGUACGCAACCGCACAGCUGCUUAAGUCCUGGAAAGUCCAUCCGUCUGCUGUUAUUGGUCACAGUUUAGGAGAGUUCGCAGCUGCCUGUGUUGCUGGAAUCAUCACUGUCAAGGAAGCACUUCAGCUGGUACUAACUCGCUCCACUCUUCAAGACAAAUGCCCAAGCAAUGGAAGUAUGGCUGCCCUGGGCAUGCCUGAGAUAAAGGCCAGGGAACUGCUUUUCAAUCUAAGGUUAAGCGCCACCCUCGACAUAGCGGCAGUUAAUGAUGCAAAAAGCGUCACUGUAGCUGGUGAGUCGCAGUCCAUCGAGGCACUGGGACAACACCUUUCGAUGAACGCAAGAGAUGUUUUCUGGCGUGUUCUUGGAACAAAUCGUGCAUUUCACAGCUCACACAUGGAACCCAUCAAGAAACCAUUUCAGGUAGCUAUGAAAAGUGUACAGCUAAACCCUCAACUAUCGAAGAUUCCAAUGUACUCUACCGUUGAGGGCGAAGUUGUCUCGGGUCAGCAGUUAAACAGCGAUUAUUGGUGGCGAAAUAUACGCUGUCCUGUUCGCUUCUACUCGGCAAUGAAACAUCUACUGAGAGAUGGUUACAAGCAGAUAAUUGAGAUCAGCACGCAGCCAAUUCUUGCCCACUACGUAAAACAGAUAGCUCUUCAGGAGAAUUUGACGGAACAGGAAAGGCCCGUUGUUGUCGCAACUCUUCCACGUAAGAGAGUGCCCAUCAAGGAGCAACACAAAUGCUUUCUUCAGAACACAAUAUGCAGAUUGUAUACCAUGGGAUUUCCCGUAGACUGGACCUUGGUACAGGGGAGCCAAUCAGCCAGGUUUAUCCGGUCCCCAACAUCUCCAUGGCUGGAAAACAGUUUUUGGUACAGGGAACAACCACCGCAAUCAACAGUCCACCCAAUUAGCUCUAAGGAAACCUUAUGGAAGCCAACACAUCCUUAUCUGGCACAAGUCAAAAUGACCGACUUAUACUCAGGCCUGCACUGCUGGGAGACUGAGAUUGACCUUUUCAAUUUUCCAUCUCUAAAGGACCACGCCCUUAUUGAAGGAGGUGCCGUGAUGCCCGGGGCUGCUUACCUGGAGAUGGCCUUUGCAAUGGUAAAGGACGAAUUCGUACAUACUUCUGGCCUGGAACUUGGUGAUGUGAAACUUUCAAGUCUUCUCACUCUUCCUGAAACACAGGUAAGCGUAGUAUACACAUAAAUUAGAGACAAGCCAUAUCAGCUAGGUUGAUUUUAUCGCAACUUUUUAUCCUUUGUUCUUUAGGUUAGAUCCUUACGACUUCGCCUUUUAAAGACCGACAAAAUAGACAAGGCUCAGUUUCACAUUACAAGCAUGCAGGACGACCAGUCUGAAAUUAUUUUGAGUAGUGGAAACAUCUCGGUCGAUUUCUUGGACACAAAAACAAACAGCGAGGAAGAAGGUAUUAUAAUAUUCAAAUGCGUUUGCGAUUAUCCAUUUAUAGCCUAUUUAUUUAUCCACCCAUUUAUGGUCAUGAUUGCAAGAGACUAUAACUAUCACAUAGAAAUUAAAAGGAGACAUUUCCCCGUUUUGGCCUUUUACAGCUUGCAAUCAAGUUGGCCCAGCCGUCAACGAGCUAAUCAGAAAUAUGAAAGAGGUGCCGAUUGAAGGAUUCAGAGAAUUAACUCAAAAGUAUGGCUUUCAGUAUGGUGGUGCCUACUCCAUCAUCAAACAGACAUGGCACCGCGAGCACGAGGGACUUUGUCUGAUCGAUAUCCACGAAUCAGCCAUCGUUCAAUCAGAAAGUAAAAAUUAUGUUGUCCACCCCUCCAUUUUGGACGCGUGUCUGCAGUCUUGCUUUAUCCCACUUGGAAUCUUAGCUACUGAUGAAAAAUCUGUUUUACCGGUGGGAUUUAAGGGCAUCACGCUGUACCAUGUUCCAAAUACCAAUCAACUUUAUUGUCACGUCGUUGAGGAUGCCAAAGAGUUCGGGAAAUUCGACAUCACGCUUAUGAGUCCAUCUGGAAGGGUUUUACUAACUAUGAGAGAGUUCCGUAUCGCAGAAUUGAACAGCACACCACGCCGAUUUACUUCUGAUGGCCUUGUUUAUGAAAUGAAGUGGAUGGAGGAGAAUUUACAAGGACAAAGAGCAAUGGCGCCAAACUUGACCUGUCUUCUUCUCAGGGACAGCUCCCCUUUCUCAGACAUCCUAAUCGGCAAGCUUCACGCUGCAAGAGUCAAUGUAAUCCCAGUUGAUCCACCCAAUGCUCUAUUUUUUGAUACAGAAACAAAAGAAACAAUCAGCAGAGAGCUUACUGCCCUACAUUCGAUCCCUUCAUCCAUGCUCAAAGUCGUCAACUUGUGGCCAGUAGAAACCGCUCUCCUACCAAAUAAUUUCGAUGUUAUCGAAAAAGCACAAAACCUCGCCUUCAGCAGCUCAGUUUUCUUAAUUCAACAGCUUACAAGAAACCAUUUUCUCGAUUCUCGGCUUCUGCUCGUGUCUGAAAGUACACAGCUCCUAAGUACCACAACGAAAUCUCACAACGACUCCAUUCCUUGGGCUUCUACAAUCUGGGGUCUUCGCAGAACAGCAAAGCUCGAAGAAUCUGAUCUUAGGAUUACCACGAUUGAUCUUGGCGACAAAAAUGAUAAUGAUGAGAUAGAUUUGCUUCUUUCUGAAAUCCUCGGCGAUAGUAUGGAAGAAGAGAUUGCCUUUCGAGAUAGAAAGCGGCUCAUAAAUCGCGUUGUGAGAUCAAAUAUUUGCACCGAGCAGCCCACAAUACACAGUAAUGUUAGCGACUGGGGUUCUUUAUACUUGUCAUCCAUUCCUGCUUCACGGAAGGUCUGCUUUCGCCAGAGGAGUUUUUCGCGGCCAUCGCCCUCCGAGGUCGCAGUAGAACUGCUUUAUUGCUGGACACCCUCUGAGUCAAUACUUGAUGUAGCCAAACCAGAUGCUUGUGUUUUCACCGUGGGAAAGGUGAUUCAUCUACCAAGGGAAGCUGCAAGUAGUCAGAUACAAAUUGGAGACGUUGUGUGCGGCGUUAUGGCGUCUGGACGAGUUUCUCGUUCCGUUCCCAUGCAAGUCAGGAACAUUUUUGUAAAGCCAGCUAUUUUGACGCAAGAGCAAGCAACAUACAUCCCUGCCUGCCUUGCCAUAGCCUUUCACGCCCUACAACGGAUAGGAACGAUGGAAGAAAAGAAGAAGUUACUGAUUCAUCAGGCUCACCGUGGCCCUGGGCCUGUGGCAGUUGCCCUUGCAAAAGCAUUGGGUCAUGAAGUAUUUUGCACUAUCUCAGAUACUUGCCAAUCAGUGACAGAAUCCACCCUUCUAGAGCUGGGAGCAAAGAGUGUAGCACAUCAGAGUCUCACUAGUUUUGAAAAUGAUUCCAUCGACGCUUUUGAUGCAGUUUUGUUUUUCUACCCACCCUCUCCGAACGCUCUCCAAAAAAGCAGUCGACGUCUUAUACGUGGAGGAAAAGUCGUUAUCUUGGGAGCCGAAUUUGAUGGUGCCGUCGUGUUCCCUGCAAGGAAAAACGUCCUGUAUGUAAGAGAAAGCAUUUCAGAUAUCAUCCGAUCACCGAAGACUUAUCAAAAGCUCAGCUUAGAGAGUCUAGAGCUGCUGAAAGGUAGUGGAGUUCUACAAAAGCUUCUGGAACUCAAGUUACUAUCGACAGACAUACCCACGGCAAUUGAAGCUGCAAACAAAGCCACUGUGAAAGACUCACCUCCAAAAAGGGUCCUGAGAGAAUUUCGAGGCAUUUCUUUUCUGGUUCACUCUUUUGCACCAUCUGAAGGAGGCAAUGAUCUUCUAACGAUCCCCGUACUUCCACGAGGUCUGGAUCUGUGUGGUCUCAAAGAAAACAGAACGUACUUGGUGGCUGGGGGGACCAGAGGAUUCGGAUUUGAGGUGGCACGUUGGAUGGCCGAGAAUGGAGCAAAGUCUAUAGGACUGAUUGGUCGUUCCAAGCUCUCAGAUACAGAGUAUCAAAAAGUACGAGAUUUAGAGACGAAGACAGAUGCAAAGUUCUAUACGUUCCAGGUAAUUUGGUGCGUUACCUUUAAGGUAGUCAAUAGUCAAACGGUUACUACUUCAUUUUCGCAACUAGAAAUGCUAAGUUGCAUUUGUACAAUACUUGGAAAGUAACUUUACCUGAAGCACAACGCACGCCAAGAAUUUUAAAGACUGUUUUCUAUUUUGUUUUUAUAGAUUGAUAUCUCCAGCCAAGAGCAAAUGUUUUCCUUACAAAAGCAGCUCCAGUCUCUUCCAAGUGUAGCUGGAAUAGUACAUUCUGCUAUGGUUCUCCGAGACGAAUACAUCAAAGAUUGGAAAUUUGAAAGUUUCACAGAAGUUAUGGGUCCUAAGAUCAAAGGUGACUAUCGGCACUACUUCAUAUCGCAUACUUUAAUAUUUCCUUUAACAUCCUUUGUAUAUUUUAUUGACCCAAAAAAAUCGAGUUAUACCUUUCAACACUUAUAAAUAUCAAAUAAUAAUCAUUCAACUUCUAGUCUGUGUUUGUUUUCCAUUUCAUCUUGUAUUAAUAUAUGAUAAAAGUGCGAUGAAAGUUCGAGUGCACCUAAACACACACGAUCAUAUCUGUUUACCAUAGGUGAAAGUAGCCCAAAUUAACUACGAAAACUAAGUGUACCUGAACAUUCAAAGACACUUGAGCACUAUCAAUUACUUAUUUUCAUUUCUUUAAAUUGGAUUGUGUAUAUAUUAUUAUCUGGAUAACGUAUUACAUAACAUAUCUUGAUUUUAUGAAUGAAAUGGAGAUUGUAAGUGUGAUAUUUCUUCUAGGUUCCUUUUUACUACACCAAAUGAGUUUGGAGAUGGAUCUAGAUUUCUUUGUUAUGUUCUCAUCUAUGGCAUCUGUUGUUGGAAUCGUGGCAUCUUCGUCAUACUCAGGCUGUAAUGCUUUCCAAGAUUCUCUUGCCCAGUAUCGAAGACAGGUACUCGGUUUGCCCGGACUUUCGAUAAAUUGGGGACCAAUCAGUGGAGCUGGUGUUAUGCAACGGCAGAGUAAUAUUGCAAAAUUGAUGGCAGUUGGAGGACUGGGCUUCAUAAACGCCAGAGAUGGUAAAUAUGAUUUUUGUAACACGCUAAUAGUGGUUUUGUAUAAGAAUUUGAUUAUUCUCAUGGGUAAUAAUUAAUGGAUUUAAAAGACAAAAAAAUUAUAUCGUUUAAAAUAGUGAAAGCAAAUGAAAAUGAACAUGGCUUUUCAUAUAGUUUGUGAGAGAAUAGUUGCGUCCACUGCUCUUGAUGCUACAAGGUAAGCCGAGGGAGAGAAAUGAGCGUUUUAAAAGCGUAGAUGAAGAAGCGGUUCACUCCGGGUGACAUUAGUUUAAGAUCGGCAGCUGACGGUUUUCAGCCAGUAGACGACAUUCUUUACUUAUCAAAACGUAAGCCACGUACUGGAAUUUUUUCUUAAAGUACCCAGUCUUACCUAUUUCCCCUGUAUGAAAGGUGACUGCUUUUUGUACGUUAAGAGAAAAAUUGUUCAUCAGUAGUUUCCAUGGAAGAUUUUUGAUUACUUUUCAGGAGUCAAUCUGAUGGCCAAGGUUUUGACCGAGGAGCCGAGCCGUUUCCAAGUCUCUUUAUUUGGUGUGGACUGGCCUCGGUAUAUUAACAGUAAUACCGGACUACAAAAUACGUCCCGACUCUCAAUGUUCACCUCAGAAAUCAGUGUUUCUGAGAGCCAAACUAACGCAGCAGAGUCUUUACUGCAAAGAAUUCGGUUAGAGAAGGACCCAGAUAAGAAAGGCGAACUUAUCGUUGAGUAUGUUCGCAUCUCGGUUGCGGAAUUGACAGGCAGUUCGUCGCUUUCGGAGACGGAUCUAAACAAAAGCUUGUAUAGCUAUGGUAUUGACUCCACUGCAGCUUUGACUCUGAAGAUGAUGCUGGAGUCAAACUUGCAGGUCUCUUUUGAGGUGUGUAUGUCAUUAGAUAACUGAAAAACAAUGAAUUUGUAAUUUUCCCAGCUGGUGCAUUUAAGAAAGUCCCGUUGGAAUAUCCUUAUACGUAUCUUGUAACCAAAAUUUCUUUUAGUUUGCAUAGCAGCAUUGUUCUAGGAAAUACUCCAAUUAAGAACAAUUCAUUUCGAUUCAAUUGAGAGACGAUUCUCUUGAACCAUCGAUACUACUAAAUACACCCCUAUAUACCCAUAUAAGGAUCAUGCCCUCAUGUGUGUGGAUGGUUUAAUGGAAUUAAAAGUUUCUAUAAUCAUUCUUCUUACCUGGAAAUAGUGAAUAUUUAAUCAAAUUUAAACGUACGGUAGUGAAUUAUGUUCAAUCGAAACGUCGAUGCAUGUUAAACUUGUAAUGUUUGAAACUCUUGUCUUUAGGUUUACUACUUCAUGCAGCCUGACACUACUACACUAAAAAUGGCCAGGGACAUCAGUGCCAGGCUUCGUGGAAAAGCAAGCAGCCCGCAGAAUAGCGAGAGCCAAGAAAGUGCACCCGGACAAACUCAGUCAUCGGAGGAAACAAAUACUUCAGACAUGCCGUCCAAGAAGGAGGUUCAAGUCUUACCUCUUUACACUCCUGAGGGAUCAGCAAUAAAGUUCUUCUGUGUUCACCCUUCACAUCGCUACGCGUUGAAUUUGGUUCCCAUUUCUACCGGAUUUCAAGGACAGGUGGGUAUCUGACCGUUAUAGAAUUUAUUUAGCCCCUCAGCCAAUGAUAUAAACAUCAUUUCAACAUCUUUUUUUAUCAGCCACUUUACAUUUAGUUGUACAGCCAAAGAAAUAUUUUGCUCUCGUUGUUAUAGUUUCAAGGUAAUGUGAAUCCUGUGGUGACCAUAAGGCUGAGGUCGCUUCUCAACCCAGAUCUUAGAUGAUCUUGAAGUUUUAAGUAUCUGACUCUUUAGUAUUCUUCGCUUGACCCGGUAGCGAAAGGGGCUAAACAAUUAUUUGACGCAGUUUACAGGGGUCACAUAUUCUGGAGAUGAUAAUGAUUUCUUCUCCUCCGGAUCAACUCCACAUUCUUUAAACUUCGUUGAUUUGGGCUUUCUCUUGCCCUUUAUAAAAGUACACGUCAGAGAUUUCAAACACUUUCAUCGUGUGGCUCGCAUCUUUUAUUCGUCUUUACUAGGACUUAGUAUCCUUUUAUGCUUUGGGAUUUACUGAUCCUACGGUCAUCAGUGAGGACUGGGGUGGAGUGCGUGAGCUUGCCGCUCAUUACGUUCAGCUGAUCACCAACGAACAGCGCCAUGGACCGUACUUUCUCGGGGGAUAUUCAUAUGGAGGACUUGUAGCGUACGAAAUGGCUUCCCUGUUAACAGAACAGAAUCAUCGGGUGGAGUUCCUUGUAAUGAUUGACACAUUUCCUUGGUCACUGCGUUCACGGACCAUAACCACUCGGUUAUUUUCCGCGAAGGAAGACGGAUGGUUGCCAUCGCGACAUGUUCAGGUUUGUUAAACAUUUCAAAGUUCUGUAAAUCUUUUAUAUUGUUUUAAAUUGUUUUCAUUGAAACAAGAAAUACCUCACUCAUAGACAUCUUCAUAAAGGAAAUGAAUAAAUUUUAGGAUUUUUGUCCUUAAUUGAGGAUUUGUGGACAUAUUGUAUUACCCAUGCCUCAUCAGGUGAUUUUAUGUUCAGUGUGACUCUUCCGAUUUCUUUGUUCGUGAACUCUGCGUAAGGAAUGCUUUUUCAAGGAAUCAUGAUUUAUACGGGUGAAUUUCAAAUUCGUAGAGAACAAUAAAACAUUAUUUGACGAAACCAAAAAGUAAGGUAAAACAGAGAAAUUUUCUCCACGGUGUUUAGAGAAUAAUCCAGGCGUACUUGUUAACCACCCGUUCCAAUCGGUGUACCACUUUUUGGAGGCUUUAUCUGUUCCUAUUCUAAUAUUUUAGUGCCCAAGAAAAAUUAACAGAUGCUGUCAAUCUCUCUAUUCAGCUUCAAUUCGAAAGCUACUUGGAAAAGCUUGCAGUAGACUCCCUAAAGAUGAAUGUUGACGAAUAUAAACAAAUUAGAGAUACACAUACUCAAGACUGGAUCAUUGAUGAGUUGCAGAAAAGAAGCCUUACGAAAGGUCUUACCACCUACAAUUUAAGGACCCUAAGAGAAGCUCUUCUGAGGAAUCAAACCUUUGCCAAUAGGACGCAUCAAGAAUGGCAGCCUGCUGAGGUAAGAGGCACCCUUACUGAAUGCCGAUAUCCAUAUAAUCGUGUUUUAAGGGGCAAGUUGUCCAAAUGCCCUUUGGUCAACAAGAAGAAUAUUAAACCAUGAGACAUUAUCAAUUUAUUGGAAACAUACUAAGUAUUGGUAAAUAACUUAAGUAAACUUUUUCAUGCUUUAUGUUUAAUAGGUUCGCUAUCGAGGUCCUCUCACAUUCCUCAGAUGUCAGAACAGCAGAUUUUUCCCCCGUAAUCCCACAUCACGGGGCAUCGGGGAAGAAUGGAGUCAGUUGGUAGAUGAAGGUACCACAGUACUCGUGUGCCCUGGUGACCACUACUCCUUAAGUGAGUUACCUCAAGCACAAGUAACUGGUGGUAUCCUUGCAACAGCCUUGGGCUUCACCUACCGCAUGUUGUUUCCAGAAUUCCCCACACCUCCCAGAACGUUCAACCAAAGACGUGCCGUGGGGAAACUUUCUGGCGGUGUAGGCGUGUUCCUUCACUCAAAAAAAGGUAAUUUGAAAAGGGCCUGUCCUCCGCUCGUUGUUUAAUGGUAUAAUAUCCUCUUUAAAGGUGUAUUCUAGAUUUUGACUGCUUAUAUGGCUCCUCUAAAAGUCAUUGUUUAAAUGAGAAUGAGUUUGUCACUCGCUUUGUAACUCCCACUCCUGAGGCCAUUUACAUUGUUUUCGCAGUGUUAUAAUUGGCCCAUGCGGUAUUUUCUAUUUUCAUGGCUGGCCAUUGUCAUCUUUAUGCUUUUGGUCCAACUUCUUGAAAUCGCAAAGUGUUGUAUAAAAAAAAGGUUUAGAAGACAAGUGCAUAAACUUGAUAUUUUGCUUAUUGUUUCUUUCUUUACAAUGCACGAAAUAAACUGUCAGAGAUCUGCCUCAAAACAAGAUUUAGACAUAGACAAACGUAUCCUGUUUGAAUCUUAUGGGUAACAAAUUUCUGUUAUACUAGGCAACAAAAUGCCGCAUCACGGAAUGCUAUUUUUCCAUGAAGAUGCCCACAAACUUGAGCUGAGAUCAAAACCUGGCGAAGAAGAAGGAAUUCAAAACGAAAAAACUAAAAAGAUCAUUGAUCUGAAAGGUAAAUAAACUUUUUAGUCUACACAUCUUUAUCAAUCUUUUUGUCCUUCGUGAAUAUUUUUUCUUGGGACGAAUUCCCUGAGAUAGGAAACAUGCUUCUUUGUCAAAAGAAGAUCAAGCGCUGAAACCGAAUCCCUCAUACAGGUCUUACCUCUCCGAAGUUAUGUCUAAGAUCUGGACAUCGGGUCUCUUAAGAAGAGUGUCGCAUUUAUUUCGUAUUUUGUUUCAAUGAAUUUAUCAGUGGAGAUCAUGCUGGGUUAACUGAUUUGGCAAGGAAACGAUUGAAGAAUUACUUGAGAGGGAAUACCAUAGCAAUAACGCCCAUGUGGAAGUUAAAGUCCCUCAACUUGAUCCUCUUCUAUUUGUUUACCCAAUACUUUCAAGUUAAAGAUGAGGUCUGAUACCUGUCAGGUUGUUAUAUUUGCUUUUAGCGAGAUACUCGACCUUCACUGUCACACUUAGCCCUCAUUUGGACGCCCUGCACCCCGUGACACAACGAAUACCAUUGCUGUCUUAGGGAAAUUUGAAAAACUGCAGGGGGUGGUCCACAGAAGAGAUCGAGGUAAUUCUAACUCCAGACUCCAGGUCCUAUCCUUAAGGAUUAUUUAUUCCUGCAGCAUGUGCAUGCAUUACAGAAUCUUGCUUAUAACUCAUGAAAUUCAACGUUUUUCAGAACUUCGCAUGGUGCAGCCAGGAAGGUUUGUCUCCAGUGCCCUGAAGUAUACCUGGCGAAAACGAAGAGUUGGAGGUUAUGAAAGUGGAAAUUUGGGACACAUUGCUUCUGUUGCAACCAGUCGCCGCGUGUACAAUUUGGAAUUUUGUGAUUAUUCCGACUUAAAAGCGUUUUACGACAUGGUAGAAGCUGUGUUCGCUGUCAAGCUAUUGACUAUCUAG